CAUCGUUACUUCGUUAGAACGAAAGAGAGUACGCACAUACCUCGGCCUCCCUCACUCUACUUCGCUCCAGGAGUACAGACAGAGAGAGAGAGAGGGGAGAGCCAAACGCUCAAAAAUCGUAAUCCAAAAAAAUCGCAAUCUGAGGGCCGUUUCCUCCUCUCUUCCCCACUCUCUCGACUCCCUCACAUCAGUAGACGAGAAAAAAAGGAAAAAUCCCCCCCAAAACCCGAAAAGAUGGAACUCCCGUUCCUGUCCUCCAACCCAGCCAAACGCCCUUUCGAGGCGCACGAUAGCAUCCCCACUCCCUACGCCCACAGCGCCAACGGCGCAUUUAAGCGCCGGCCCAAACCUCCUCCUCCCCCCAUCGUCCUCUCCCCGGGCCACGCUGCCUUCCGCCUCCUCUGCCCAAUCUCCAAGAUCGGCGGCAUCAUCGGCAAGUCCGGCAGCGUUGUCAAUCUCAUCCGCAAUGAGACCGGCGCCAAGAUCCGCGUCGAGGAUCCCGUCCCUGCCUGUGAUGAGCGCGUCAUCCUCGUCGUGGGCCCCACCGCUAAGAUGACAGGCGCAAAGGCCCACCCGACUGACGGUGAUGGGACGGAUGGAGGGGAGGGCGGGCGCGAUGCGUCUCCAGCUCAGGAGGCUCUGGUUAGGGUUUUUGGCAGGGUUUUGGAGGUCGAUGCGGAAAUGGAGGUGUCCGCUGGUGGUGGGGCCGUUUCCUGCAGGCUGCUGGUGCCAACGGGGCAGGUGGGGCCGGUCAUGGGGAAAGGAGGGAAGGUUAUUGAGAAGAUUAGGAAGGAGAGUGGCGCCAAGAUUAGGGUUCUACCGAGGGAGCAACUGCCGGCUUGCGCAUUGCCGUCAGAUGAAGUCGUACAGAUUACAGGAGAUGCUGGGGCUGUUAAAAAAGCACUUCUUGCUGUUUCCUGUUGCAUCCAAGAAAAUUCACCAACUGACAGAGCACAGCUUGUUGUGAGCCGACCCGUAGCGGCUCCUCAUGGGGCUUUUCCUGAUGCCCAGGGGGAGCAUCACUUGCAUAGGGGUUCGUUGCUACCACCUACCCCGGGCGGCUAUGUUGAUUAUGCUGCCAGAGGUCGUCCAUUGCCAACCCCAGUUGAUGGGUUAUCUAUGCUGGACCAAAAAAAGGCGCAGCAAGAAGUUGCAUUCAGAUUUUUGUGUUCCAAUGAUAAAGUUGGGGGUGUAAUUGGCAAGGGAGGGACCAUUGUCAAGGCACUGCAGAAUGAAACUGGCGCUUGUAUAAGUGUUGGAUCUUCAGUAGCUGAGUCAGAGGAGCGUGUCAUCACCGUUUCUGCUAUGGAGGAUCCAGAAUCACGAUACUCCCCAGCACAAAAUGCUGUUGUCCGCGUUUUUGUUAGAUCUGUAGAGGCAGGCAUGGAAAAAGGACUUGACUCGGGCUUAGGAAAGGGAGCACAUAUUUCUGCCCGGCUUCUAGUACCAUCAAAUCAAAUUGGUUGCUUGAUGGGCAAAGGAGGCACAGUGAUAGCAGAAAUGAGGAAGGUGACUGGUGCAGGCAUCCGGAUAAUAGGAGGCGAUCAGGUCCCGAAAUGUGCUUCAGAAAAUGAUGAAGUGGUACAGAUUAAUGGCGACUUUGGGAAUGUUCAGGAUGCUUUAUUUCAUGUUACUGGUAGAUUGCGUGAUAAUGUUCUUCCCACUAAAGCUAUGAAUGGUUCUGGAGCUGGUAUUUACCCUUCAACCAUUCCGGAGACUGCUUCCUAUGGAAGAGCAAGGGAACCUACCUCUCCCAGGCUGUAUCCAUCAUUGGGUUUCUCCAACAGGCUUGAUUAUCAUACUACUUUAACCCAUGGUAUAGAUCACCUUGGACUUUCUCGCAACAUUGACCGUCCUCCAUCCCCAAAGUCAUGGCCGUCACAGGCAGUGGGGGGUCUGGAUCCCAGGAGCAUCCCGAUUCCAGACAUUGGAAGAUCAUUGCCAUCCCUGAGAGGCGGGAUGGAACUUGGCAGCGGAAGUAAAUCUGCUAUCGUAAUGAAUACUACUAUGGAGAUUGUAGUUCCUGAGCAUGUUAUUGGUGCUGUCUAUGGUGAAAAUGGUAGUAACCUGAGCCGAAUAAGACAGAUCUCCGGUGCAAAAGUCAUAGUGCAUGAUCCGCGUCCUGGUACAAGAGAUGGGAUGGUCAUCAUAUCUGGGACACCUGAUCAGACGCAAGCAGCACAGAGCCUUCUUCAAGCUUUCAUACUAAGCUGACGGUUGUUGCUCCAGGAUUCUCAUGCCCAGCUGCUGUGGUCACCUGGAUGGGAUGGGUGAAGAUUUGAACUGCCACUGUUCUAUAACUGAUCUUGAUUUCAACCGGUGAAAUGUUUGGUGGGCUUGCUCCGAAUGUUGUGUAAAA